UGUGUGAGAAGAAGAGAGUCACAAGUUUGAGAACUAGUUGAUUUGAUUGUCCCGGACAUCAGGAGCGUUGACACGGAGCUCUCUGUAGCACAGCGACUGUUUAUCCUUCAUCACUCUGGGCGUCGUGUUUAUCAUUAAAACACCACACGAGAGUCACUGUUUUACUGACAUAAUUCCAGUCAGAGCAGCCAUGCUCAUGUGUGACUAUCCAGUGAAUCCAGUGAAGGCAGACAGGGAGACGGGUUUCUCAUCCUUGUUGAAGCCUCAGGCCAUGGAAACGUACAGCACCAUGUUCUCCAUUGGUCCUCACCCUUCUCAGUUCUGCUACGCUCCUCCGUACCCUCCAUAUCACAGCCCCACACACACUCACACUCACACACACACUCAUACGCAUACACACACUCCUGCUCACUGCCCUGACACCCCCACCCACACUCAGCUGGAGCCCGUGGACCUGUCACUCAGCAAGAGACCCUCACCUCCGCCGCCGUCCUUUUCCUCUUCGCCACUUUCAUCAUCAUCAUCAUCCUCCUCAUCAUCAUCAUCCAGAGCCACGCCUCCGUCUCCAUCAGGCUCGCCUCAGAUGAUGACUUCGCCCAUGACGCUGUCCUUCCCGACCUUGGUGGCUCCGCUGGUUUCAGCUUCUGGUUCAGGUCUUAUCCCUGUUCUGCCCAGCGUGAUCCUGCCCUCCAUGCCCCUGCUGUACCGGCCCCAUGUCCUGCAGUCUCCCAUCAUGCUCUUCUCCCACAAGCCUGAGGAUCAGAAGGGCGGAGCCUCGUCUUUCACAACCGAUGCCGUCCAGGACCAACAGCCAAUCAAAACGGAGCAUCACAGCGACUUUGCUUCCAGCACGUACAGGCAGGAAAUUCCAUCGCCCCCCAUGCCGAGCUAUAACGAAGCCAACACACACUCUGUGAUAGUUCAUGCCCCUAAAGUGGAGUCUCCCGACCCGCUGAAGAAGCGACGCAUCCAUCGCUGUGAUUUUGGAGGCUGCAACAAAGUGUAUACAAAGAGCUCACACCUCAAAGCCCACAGACGCACACACACAGGUACACACACAGACACAGGAGAGAAGCCGUACAAGUGCUCAUGGGAAGGCUGCACAUGGAAGUUUGCACGUUCAGACGAGCUGACACGUCAUUACCGCAAACACACCGGGUCGAAACCAUUCAAGUGCUCAGAUUGUGACCGCAGCUUCUCGCGCUCUGAUCAUCUCGCCCUGCACAGGAAACGCCACCUGCUGGUGUGACGGCCAAAUACAGCGCAGAGUCUUCAGUGCACCUUCAAGAUGGACUGCACUAUUAACCAGACGCAGUCACAGGAAAAUUGUCCUGUUACCUGUGGGCUGGAACAUCAUAAUGAGACGUAAAGCCAUGUCACCCAGCUCAAUGUUCUACAGCCCUUACUGGAUUUUACUGGAUGCUACUAGAGAACUUACUCUCUCUCUCUCUCUCUCUCUCUCUCUCUCGCUCUCUCUCUCUUUCUCUGUCUGUCUGUCUGUCUGUCUGUCUGUCUCUCUCUGUCUGUCUGUAUAACUCUCUAUCUCUCUCUCUCUCUCUCUCUCUCUGUCUUUCUUCACAUCUCUCACUUACUUUCUCACACGGUUCAGUCAGGCCCUCUGCUGGUCAAAGGGUUUAUUGUGCUCACACACACACACACACACACACACACACACACACACACACACACACACACACACACACACACACACACUGGGUCAACCCUGAAUAAUGUGAAUUCUUUUUGUUUUUUUUUAUUCGUAUUGUUUUAGUCAGGAAAAUCUUGUAAGUUUCUAAUUUUGUAACCAAAAGUGUCACGUAUGUGGGCAGGUUUUAAUCAGUUAAUUUGAUGUUUUUUUCGUUUGCUUGGGUUUGUGUAUUGACGUUAAUCAUAUUUUCAAUCUCUCGUGUUUGCAAUACCAUAUUUUCUGGACUAUAAGACAUAUUUUUCCCUUCUAACAGCUGAAUAUCCCCUUUAUCGCUCCUUUACCUUUACGUUUAAGCAUCAUUUUAAAAUUUGGGUAAAUACACAGCAUCCCUCGUUGUCCAGAAAAAGCUAAAAAUGAAAUUACCUUAUAAAAAAAUUACCUUAUAUGAAAAUAUACAUCAAAUAACAAGUCGAAUAUAAUAACAUCAUAAAAUAACAUUUAUAGAUUUUUUUCCAUAUUUAUCCUUCAUGACCAUCAUUGAAAAUUUCCACCGUCGUCGUGAGCUGCGUCUUAAAUUCACGCAAAUCUCACAGACACCUGUGAUUGGCUAAUCUCAAUAUGAUUGACAGAACAUACAUAUUUAGCUCCUCCCACCCAGACAGCAGAGCCACUCUUGCUCUCUAAUAAAUCCUCUUCUCACACAUGCACACGAACUCAAGGUGCAAGUGGCAUCGAUCUCUAAUGUUCUACUUUUAAAAUACAACAGAACAGGUUUUUUCUCAUUUAACAGAGGGGCGUGUCUUCUCCUCCAGAAACUAGGGUAUAUAAGAAAGAAAGAAAGAAUGAAAGAAAGAAUUGCUCACAGCAUCAACAGGCUCCCGUUGUUGCAGCGCAUCUGUAUAUGACUUGAUGUUUAUUAUGUAAGUACUGUGUACUGUAUCAAAACUGUGUACCUGCACAUUGAGUAACGCCGUUGGCUUAUGCAGUCACAUGUGUGUAUAUAAGGGGAAGAGGUGCCAAAACUUUUACAAUACCAUCAGGAGAAUAUGAGCUCGAGUGAAGCGCUUCCGGUGUCCCGGUUAUGGAGCUCAUCAGAUCCUCGAUCCUCAGACCAAACGUUUAGCUGCUAUGACGUAGCACAGAAUUACUAGCGUUAUGCGUUAGAUUGUGCGCUCGUGGAAGUGGUUGUUUUUCAGGGCUGUCGUGUUCGGACGCAGUCUGACUUUCAUUGUAUUUACACGGAAAAAUGUGAACCAGUUUAAAAACGGGCAUUAUGGUUACUGGAGUUCGGUUUGGUUGUGGGAAGUGUUUUAUUUUUCGUUGUGUAGCAUCAAAUGCGUGUGUGUGUGUGUGUGUGUGUGUGUGUGUGUGUGUGUGUGUGUGCACGUGUGUGUUUCCUGUUGAGGUUCAGAAAAAUGUUUUUCUAUAUAAAGACAUUUAUAAAGUAUAACAUGCACUUGAAUCAAGCAGUUUGCAUAAAUGUUCCUCAUGGUAAUGCUAAUGUUAGCGAUAUGAACACAACAAUCACACCGAAGCAGAUUAUUAUUAUUAUUAUUAUUAUUAUUAUUAUUAUUAUUAUUAUUAUUAUUAUUGAGUGUGAAUCUGAAUUUUAUAUUGUACAUUUCACUUUUUUCACACACACAAAAAAACAACAAUUUUGAAGCAAAAAGUCCUUAUAGUCAGUGAAAUGUGGCAAAUUAGCACUUCUUUUGUUCGCUCAUCUGCAUCCAAAGUGUAUUUUAAGGCCAAACAAAUUUUGCUUUAAUUUAAAAAAACAAACAAACACACAAACGUUUGAUCGUGUAAAGAAAUGAAGUUUUCUGAAACCCUGCUGGACUUUUUGAUGCGCUCUUUAACUUAAGGUCUGGAGAAUGAGGGAUUAAAUACAGACUGAAAGAAAUGAAGAAAGGAUGAAGACACAACACACACACACACACACACACACACACACACACACACACACACACACACACACACACACACACACCUGAAAGAAACCCUACAGUGCACACUGUAAUCUAUAUAUUAAGAAUUAAUACAACUGAAAGGGAAAUUUAAGGAAUUUUAUAUGCAUUGUGAUCUUUCUUUAUUUUUAAUCUUCUCCAUUAGUUAUGCAUUUCUACAAAGAUGUGAAUCUUUAUUUCUGGAAUUUCUGUCUUUCCAUGAUAUAUUUUUUGACCUCUUUAAAAGGGAAUCUUAUAUCAAGCUGUGAAAGAAUAUAUAGAUGCUGUACAUACUAACAUUGUAUUGUUUUAGAUAUGAACUGUAUUGUUGAAUAAACUUCUAUCUGUGCA